GAAUAAAAUACCCUGCAGACAGAAUUAAGUACAAGCCCCGGAGGAAGAGCAAAGGACAAAAAUCUCAUGCUUCUCCAGUUGGUAACGGAUAUAUCAAGCCACCUGUUCCACCUGUUGCUGGUACACAGAGAGAAAAAGGGCCUCCAGCCAUGUUACCUAUCAGUGUUGACCCAGACAGUAAACCAGGCGAAUAUGUCCUGAAGAGCUUGUUCGUUAACUUUACUACUCAGGCUGAACGCAAGAUUCGCAUCAUCAUGGCAGAACCUCUUGAGAAGCCACUGACCAAAUCUCUGCAACGAGGAGAAGACCCCCAGUUUGAUCAAGUAAUAAGCUCAAUGAGCUCACUUUCAGAAUAUUGUCUGCCCUCUAUCCUGCGCACUUUGUUUGAUUGGUAUAAAAGACAGAAUGGCAUAGAAGAUGAAUCUCAUGAGUACAGACCAAGAACAAGCACUAAAUCCAAAAGUGAUGAACAGCAGAGGGACUAUUUAAUGGAGAGAAGAGAUCUGGCUAUUGAUUUUAUUUUUUCUUUAGUAUUAAUAGAAGUUUUGAAACAGAUUCCACUUCAUCCUGUAAUAGACAGUUUGGUACAUGAUGUUAUUAACUUGGCUUUCAAGCACUUUAAGUACAAAGAAGGGUACCUUGGUCCUAACACUGGAAAUAUGCACAUUGUUGCAGAUUUGUAUGCAGAAGUAAUAGGUGUUCUAGCUCAAGCAAAAUUUCCAGCUGUAAAGAAGAAAUUUAUGGCAGAGUUAAAAGAGUUACGGCAUAAAGAACAAAGUCCGUAUGUAGUUCAAAGCAUUAUCAGUCUUAUAAUGGGAAUGAAAUUCUUUCGGAUUAAGAUGUAUCCUGUGGAGGACUUCGAAGCUUCUCUUCAGUUUAUGCAGGAAUGUGCACAUUAUUUCCUUGAAGUUAAAGACAAAGAUAUCAAGCAUGCACUGGCAGGACUAUUUGUUGAAAUUCUUGUACCCGUAGCUGCUGCUGUUAAAAAUGAAGUGAAUGUCCCCUGUCUGAGGAACUUUGUUGAAAGCCUGUAUGAUACAACACUUGAACUUUCCUCACGAAAGAAGCACUCAUUGGCAUUCUCAACCAAAGCAUUUGUUAUUCACUUCAUCAGAAUAGAACUAGUUGGAGGACACUUGGAGAAGAGAAGGUUCCAAGGAGACCUUAGCGCAACCUUCCACCUAAAGGAAAGUGAAACAAUCUGUAUUGACUCUUUUCAUAUGGAUCCUACUGUUAGAAUAGCUUUUCAAAAUGUUCAUAGUCUGUCUGAAGAUUUCUUUCCACCUGUACCUGAGUUACUUACUUUUGCUGAAGAUGCACUAGAACCUUAUUUGCAAAGAGAUUCAGAAAAUAAACGUGGUGUUAUUGUGGCUGAUUUGAUGGGGUUUUAUGAAGUUAUACAGGUUAUAGAAAAGGCAUCUACAGCUGUAAGAUCUCUUAGGAGCCAGCUGGGAAUAGAGAUUUUUCUGAAAAUUAGGGAGAUCCUGACAAAUUAUUUGAAACCAUUAGAGAAAAUAUAA